CUCAAGGACAAAAUUGAAUGUGGAAAUAUUCUAGUCAAUUGCAAUGCUCCUUCCCUCACUUCCCCAUUAGAAAUACUAGCUAGUUGGCCUUAGCAGCCACAAAGGAAAGCAAUAAAGAGAGCCGGGUGGUGCCAGCUUUCUGCUAUCUUCGUCUGCGACUAAGGUGUUAAGGAGGAGAUUGCAUAGAGCCACUGAUAUCUAGAAGAUGGGGAAUGAGAAGGAGUUUGUUAGGAACAUAGGUCGAAUCGAACCCCGAUCGCUUAGUUUCGGAUUGCUCAUUGGAUGCUUUCUUGCCUUGAUGAUCUACAUGUCCAUGUCCGAUCGUUAUGUAACUCCUCUACCGACCGGUCCAGUUGGCUUUACAGUUGAGCCCCGAGCAGCGCCAGCUCGUGGAGUUCCUUCUAGUCCCAUGGUGGAGCACAAGAUGAAUUCGCCGCAAGUAGAUGCAGGACCGCGAAAUGCUGCAGAGGAGAAUAAACUAAGCAGUGAUGCUUCGCAUCCAGGAUCAGAUCUCUUCGAGGAGAAUGAUGCUAUUAAUGUGCGACGGAAUUCAUCAUCUAUGAUUCAUGAUGCUUCCUCUGGAAGGCAAGAUGCAAUUAGCGCCCAGCAACUCGGGAACGAAAACAUCAGAGAGGAUCAGCAUGAAAAGGAUGGCGGCAGCAGGGUCCCAGACAAAAAUUCUUCUACUACUGGUGAUUCAACUCAGAAAGAAAAUAUCAUGAAUCCCAAGCAACUAGGUGAAAGCAGUGAGGCUGUCAAGCCUCAAAGGAAGCCAAUGUGCGAUUUUUCUAGCGCAAGAUCUGAUAUCUGUAGAAUGGAAGGAGACGUCAGGAUUCAUGGGAAGUCCUCCUCCGUGGUGUUCGUUGCUUCCAAUCAGAUGGGCGAUCCAGAACCAAAUGAGUCGUGGCGACUCAGGACUUACGCUCGUAAGUUCGACAAAACCAUAAUGGAGAAAAUCAGGGUAGUGUCCGUUAAACUGUCGAGCAGUAUCGAUGCCCCUCGUUGCACCCUCCAUCACAGCGUCCCCGCCAUUGUAUUCGCAGUUGGUGGGUACACUGGAAACGUAUACCACGACUUCAAUGACGCACUGAUUCCUCUCUUCAUAACUUCGAGACAAUUUAAUGGAGAAGUCCAGUUGCUCAUAACCAACACACAGCUCUGGUGGGUGCACAAGUACCGCCAUAUCCUGCAAAAGCUCACUCGAUAUGAGAUUAUCGAUUUCGACAACGAUGAUCAAGUUCGCUGCUACCCCCAUGCUAUCGUCGGCCUCGAAAGCCAUGAAGAUAUGGCCAUCGACCCCUCGAGAGCUCCAAAUGGGUAUUCCAUGGUCGACUUCACAAAAUUUGUGAGCAGCGCCUACUCCCUCGAUCGAGACUCGCCCAUCAAGAUGGGAUUACAUCCCGAGAGGAAGCCAAGGCUUGCAAUCAUAGAUAGACAUCGAACUAGAAGGCUUACGAAUGUCGAGGAAGUUGUUAAAAUGGCAGAGGAGUUGGGCUACGAGGUGCUGAGAGCAGAGGCCAAGUUUGAGACUCAAGUUGCCGAGUUUGCACACAUCAUCAACUCGUGCGAUGUGAUGAUGGGCGUGCAUGGGGCCGGGCUCACAAAUAUGUUGUUCCUUCCAAUGGGUGCAGUGUUUAUCCAGGUAGUCCCCUGGGGUAGGUUGGAAAAGAUAGCUAGGUAUGACUAUGGGGACCCAGCCGGGAACAUGAAGCUGCAGUACAUGGAGUAUAGCAUCAGUGAAAAAGAGAGCACUCUUAUAGAUCUGUACCCUAGAGACCACCCUGUGUUCAAAGAUCCCAUGUCAUUUCACAGGCGUGGAUGGCUUGCUAUGGGGAAAGUAUACCUAGUUGAACAAAAUGUGAAGCUUGAUUUGAGAAGGUUUAGACCUGUUCUGCUGAAAGCCCUCGAGCUCCUCCAUUAACAAUAGAAUAAAGGCAUCGGCUGUAUCUUUAGUAUUUUAAUUAUUGUCUCACUGUUUUGUUCGUUUUCAAGAAAGACAGAGUUUCUCUCUCUCUUUUUUUUAUAUAUAUACAAUCCCUCUUUUUAUAGGUUAAUUGCAAAUAUAAAUAUCUUUAUUUACAUACUUACA